AUGGUAUCGCAAGUUGUUAUCUACUCCUUACAUGUCGCUCCACUGAUUGCUAUUUGGGUUGCUUUGCUGUAUGAUUGGUUACCGUACACGCAUAAUUUUACGCUCAAGUAUUAUCAAUUUAUCCUUUAUCUUCCUGUUUAUGCCAUUUUUUUAAUUGGCAUUUAUGCUAUAUGUAAUGUGAUAUAUGGUGUAGCAACAUUCAAUGAUUGUCCUGAGGCACGAGAGGAGCUGAAAAAGGAAAUUGAUGAUGCAAAAGCGGAUUUGAGGAGAAGGAAUGUGAUUUCUUAA